UACGCCAUUCCGAGUGGGUCACACAAAAACACAAAACCUAGACAGUAGGCACGUUCGAGUUAGUUUGCAAGCUUCGAAAACACAAUCCCCGUUCCAUAACACUGACCCAGCAGAGCCUCCACCAUGUCGUAUACGGAGGCCACGCACCAGGAGUUCAUCACGCGGAGCAGCUAUGAGGGCACAUUUGGCAAUACCGUCAACGUGAUGACCGGCUUUGGGAGCUACCGCUAUCCAGAUGGGAGCGAGUAUCGCGGUGGCUUCCACCAAGGUCAGUUCCAUGGCUUUGGCCAGAUCCGACUGUCCCAGCCUUAUCGGUUCACCUUCAAGGGUGAGUUCAAGAACGGAUGCCUGGUGUCCAUCGAGGAUAUGUGGUUCGCCGAUGGCCUGCAUGUGCAGGGCCAGAUAACGCCCAACGGACUGGACUGGUCCAAGUGGGAUUACCUGACUCCCUUGGAUAGACGGUAUCAGGCAGAGCGGCGCUAUGGCCAGCAGCCGGUGGGACCCACCGCUUACCUCACCUCCAAAAUGGUGGCACGCACCAUUCCGAAGAAGUGCUACGACACCGAGGAGGGAAUCUACAAUUCCGAGACCUGCUGGCUGACGGAGCGUCCACCGCCGCUCCAGAGUUCCGUCUAUGUUGGCUGCAAGGAGGAGAAGGACUGGAUCAUGAACAAUUGCCGGAAGGCCAGAAGUGACCACAUUGUGGAACCCAAGGCCAAGGUGUGCCGCAACAUCAUUGAGAAUAAUUUGGCCACGGAAAGGAUGCAGCUGAAACGCACGGCCGUCUAUGCGCCAUUCGGGAAGGUGAAUCGGGAGCGCUACUAUCACAAUCUGGCCAAGCCACACGGUCCCGAGGAGAGGGAUCCGCUGCCCACCGCCCGCCAGCGGAAGAAUAGCCUUGACGAUCCCGCCUGGGAGACAGAUGCCUGCCUCCGUGCCUAUGGCCGAAUGCUGGACGAGAUGGCUAUGAAUCCGGGAACCCAAGAGCAGCGAAUCAAGUUGCCACGCCACAGGUCGAGCUCCUCGAAUGCCCGGAUUCCAAAGUCGGGCGGCGACUCCAGCUGCGAAUCGGCCAGCAUCAACGAGGACUCGAUUCCCCUCAACGUGAGGGAGACCUACCUUGCAGCCGAGGUCAUGAAGGACAGGAAAGUGGGGGACAACUUCAGUGUGGUCCAAUCCAAUCUCAUUCGCCGCAUCAGCUACAUGGACAUGACGCGUUCCGUCUUCGAGUUGUAGAUCGAGCAAAAUUUGUUUGUGUUUUUCAAAAUUUAAAUGUUACAUGUUCUUCGAAUAGAUCAGCACGGAGCACGGAAGCCUUCAGAAGUAGUUAUCUUUGUAAGGUCUGAAUAAAUGUUACAUAAAUUAA